AUGGAAACUGUAAUAAAGCAAGCUGAAGAAGCGCGGAAUAGGGCCAGAGAAACUGCAAAAUUGAUUCACAAUAAUGACUACCAACCAUUGAAACAUGACAUCGACAGAAUGCGCAGAGAGUAUUUGGGUUUGGAACGAUUGCCAGAGCUAUAUGAAACAGAAUCUGAUUUAAUUUCUCCUGACCAUAUUGAUUUUUGCAGAUGGACAAAGAUGGAUGGCUUAACACCCGAAGCAUGUACUUCACGUGGUAUCAGACGGUUUGCCCGCAGUUAUUUCGACCGACCGAUGCAGAAGGCUGAAUGGAGAGUAGAGGUGCGUGGGGAAGAACUUCUGCCUCCAAUGGGUAUGCAUUCUCAUCCAGGACAUCCGGGCGGGCCAACUCCAUUUCUUACACCUCAGCCCCUGCAAGGACCAAGCAAGACAGAGCCUAGACCCUUACCUCCAGCGUCCGGGCCUCCUGCUCCAACAUUCAGGUACCACUGCUGCUUCAGCUGCCGCUGGCCUGUCGUUUUCGCUCUCGUCGGAUUCAGCAUCGCUCUCCCCUUCUCCUUCUCUUGCGGACGUAGACGCCUGUAGUUCCCAUAUCUGAUGCCGGCCCUUCAACUAAAGUCUCAUCCGGCAGCCAGUCCUCGUCUUCACUGUUGUCUUCGAACUCUGGUUCUUUAUCAUAGUCUCCAAGUAGACAUUUCAAAUAUUUAUCUCUUUGAGCACGAUUCAAUCUGGAUUCAAUAAAAAUGAGUUUUUCAAUUGAAAAAUAUAAUAUAAGCAAGAAAAAGCAAAGAAAAUUAUAUUAUAUUUACCUUGCAAAUGUAGAUGUCGAUAGCUCUUCCUCGAUAAUGUAAUUAAUUCUACAUUGAUAAACAAUUAUACAACAGUCACAGAAAUAUUGAUUGAGAUUUGAGGUUGGUUCGAGAAAUAAUUUGUUAGACACUGGCUUUAUAUUAAAUGAAGUAAACGUAUAUUAAAUGUAAUACGGAUACAUAUGAGUGCUUCUUACACACGUCCGCAAUGUGCGAGACAGGUAGACAGAGAGAAAACGCUGCGCCGUACUCGAGACUCGCGCAACUUACACACUCACUCAAGGGUGGGGAUAGAUACCUGUGUGUGUGUGUUCGGACAGCAGGCGCACAAACAGAAUAGUGUAGGAAAUUCAUACAUACCAACAAUAUUAAAAAUCAAAUGUUUUUCACACAGCGAUAACUUAUAAACAGAAAGAUGACGACGCUUUAUCAACGCGCUGCUAUGCAGUCAACAGGUAUUCCCAGUUUUCUCCGCAGUACACGUCUGUCCUCCACAAUAGAACGAUUCUGAAUAAGGCACAGCAGUUCAAGGCCUUUGUUUUGAUGCCAGAGCGAAAACCUACUAUCUCCACUUCUUAAAUUUUGAAUAUCUGCCGGUUGUCGAAGGUCAAAACUGACCGCGAGUUAUCUGUGCAGCGCUCGGAGAUCCUACUUCGAUCUCUUUUCAGGAAGCUGUAGGGGGUUAGGGAACUUGGAAAUGGCUUUUGUUGAUGUUUAUGUAAUAAAGUAAAUUGACUCCAAACGGUUCCGUUCAUAUGCGUACUUAGGAAUUAAGAAAAACUAGUCGCGGGCACCCGGGUGCCUUGGGUGCGUAACAACGUGGUUAAGCCUAACAAUAAUACGUUGUGUAGCGAAAUUAAGUGUAACCGUGAUUUCGACUUUCCACCCAAUGAUGCCAUAGGCCGCUUGUUGGGCUUCACUGAACGGGUUCUGAAAGCUAAUAAUUUACACACGUCCGACGUAUCAGUAGCCAUUCUCAAGGUGAACACCCUAUGAAUCGAAUGCCACGUCACAACGGGCGCUUACAUCAACGAACGUAAAGUGCAUACCAUACACAAAUUUUUUCCAGUCGUGCCACCAGAAUUUGUUUUCUGUAUGACCUUGUGGUCAUAGAGGUGCCAUCGCACGUCAUUUAUCUACCGAUCGUCACCAAGACGUUGGAUCACCUACAACUUCGAAUAAUUUAUCAAUACGGGGUCCUGGUGAAUUUUUAAGAAGAAGUUAUGUUGACGAUAUAUUAUAUCGUUAUGACUCAUAACGAUCAGGCUGCACGUCAAAUCCAUGCGAUAAUAGGUAUCAUCUAGAAUAGGCAAAUUGGCAGUGGUUAUAAUAGUAAGCCGAUGUGCCAAAGAGGGAUUAGUCGUCGACAGCUUCUCAAGGCGCUAACAUGUUAAAACGUCUUAUUUCUGAAAAAUCUAGGAUUCAAGGUCACAAGAGGGAAGUAAAGCGUUUGUUCUGUUGCAUUCUUUUCGUCUGCUGUGUACCAUGGAGUAAGAAACGGUGGACAUUCAGACACCAAUCGUCUUUGAUGAAUCUAUAACACACUGUGAAACGCAUGCGCAUCAAUCUUACGCCUCGUCAACGUUCAACAAUAGCGACGAGGUUCGAAUCUCCGUUCAACAUGAAGACCUAUGCUUACUACCGAACAAAAGUUCGCUGGACGUUUAUGGAAAGCUGGUCAAGAAAGGUGGGUCUACAGCGACUGCAAGCACGACUUUGGUCAACAAUGCCAUUUACCAUCUCUUCGAGGAGAUUCUCAUUCUCUCAUUCUCUCUC